UCGGGUCUUCCCUUAUCUUGCUCUCGAAGUCGGCGGAACCCUUCGGACGCUCGACAAAGCUAAAGCCCCAGCGGAGCAUCUCUCUCUCUAUCUCUCGCCGGAGGAGGAGAAGAAGAAGCAGCAGCGGCGGCGCGCAGAUGUCGCAUUUCGGAAGAUCAGGGCCGCCGGACAUCGCCGACACUUACUCGCUCCUCAUCCUCAACAUCUCCUUCCGGACCAGCGCCGACGACCUCUUCCCUCUCUUCGACAAGUACGGCAAGGUCGUCGACGUGUUCAUUCCCAGGGACCGGAGGACUGGGGAAUCGAGAGGGUUCGCGUUCGUGAGGUACAAGUACGCGGACGAGGCGCAGAAGGCGGUGGACAAGCUCGAUGGGAGAGUCGUGGAUGGGAGAGAGAUUGGGGUUCAGUUCGCCAAGUACGGUCCCAAUGCCGAGAGAAUUGAUAAGGGGAAGAUUGCUGAACCGGUUUCAAAGAUGAGAAGGCGGUCGAGAAGUCGCAGUCCUCGUCCAAGGUACAGAGAUGAAUAUAGAGACCGUGAUUACAGGAGGAGAAGUCGCAGUAGAAGCGGCGGACGAUAUGAUCGCGACAAGUACAGAGACGGGGGAAGGAGUUACCGUCACCGAAGUAGGAGCUAUAGCCCAAGUCCUGAUCGUCGCAGAGACCGAAGGGCACCCAAACAUGAUGAUGAGGACCGAAGUCGGAGUGGAUCAUACACAAGUUCAUCCCGGAGCCCGCAGAAAGCCAAAUAUGAGAGGAGUCGCUCUCCAAAUCAGAGACCUUCUGCACUUGAAAGUCCUGAUGUACGAAAUGGUGAAAGAGAUUCUCAGCUCCAAAGAGAUGUGCCCAGUGGACGUCCUGCCAAUUCCGCUGGUGCAUCUCCACGUAGUCCAUAGAUCGAGUGGUAAAAUGACGUGAAUGGAUUUUGUCUCACUCUAUCGCAACUAUUUGAUCCUUAUGUCUCUGUUUUUUCAUGUUGCCUUUUUAGGAAAGAUGAGUGCCCCAGGUCGUGGGAGUCAUUUUUGCUCAACAAACAAUUAUACUUUAUCCUGAGUUGCUCUUGAUUGGGUGGACAGAUGCUUCGUUGCGUGCAGUGAUUUAGAUGUUAAUCCUAGGUUUGGUCGGGCGUGAUGUUUUCCUUCUUUGAAGGCAGCUAGUCCGUCUUUUCUGACUUUGGUGGUCAUUGUGAUACUCUGAUCUUAUUCUUGUGCUAUAAUGUGCAUUCAUGAAGUCCAUUUAAA